AUAGAUUUUUAGUUAAAAAUAAAUUUUUAAUUAACAAAAAUAAACUAAUAUUAACUGAUAAAACAAACAAACAAACAAUACAAGUGAGAACAGAUAGGUAGACAGUAAACACACCUCCCCCUCCCCCGAAAAAAACAUGGCCUACCAAUGGGACAGCAGUGGUGGUAGCGGUAGUAGUGAUGACAUCGACAACGAUGGCAGUAAUAAACAAAUCAAAGAAGAUUACGUACAACUGAAUCAGCUAAGGGAACGGUAUGCCCGGCUAGGACUGAGACGUAGGUCUACCACUGCACAGAUUGUUGUUGACCACCGAAAUCAAGGGCCGGCGGCGGCGGCUGGACGACGACUAUCAGUACCCAUGAAACCGCCGCAACCCGGUUGGCAACCGCCAGCCGAAUGGAUCCGAGAGGCACCCGAACCGGUACAGGACAGGGACCGGCAGACCCGACAGCAGGCCAUCGAUAACGAUGAAAAACUAAGCGAUCCGUUGGAUGGACCGGUUACAUGGCUCAGUCCGUUUUACGGUCAGCAACCAGAUCUGUCGACAUUGCCGGCUGGCCAGCGCCGGUAUCCGGUCAAAGGUGAACUAUUUAUGAGACAAUGGGAUCACUAUCGCUUGAAAGAUGAAUACGAUGAAUAUGAUCCGGGUGAUUAUCUAGAUGAACUUAAACAACGAUUGGCUAACUAUGGCCUAGAAUUUCAAUCGGGACAGUUAGGUAGGGGUGCACAGGGAGCCAUUAUUCAAGGUGUAUUCAAUCAAAAAGCUAAACUGUUGACCAAAUGGGAGGGCUAUUAUCUGCCCAGUGGUAAACCGGAUGACAACAACAACCGGACUGACCAUCUAACUGGACGACCGUUUGCCGCCAAACUUGUCUAUUUCGAUCCGGAAUGGGAUGUCGACAAUACCGAACGUAAACGUAUUUAUUUGGAAAAAGAAAUCAUGAAACGACUGGCCAGUCACGAACCGCCCGAACCCCCCCAUCAUCCGAAUAUUGUCCAAUAUUUACUGGCCGUCAAUCUGGGACCCCGGGUACGUAUGCUUACCAAAUACCAGGAACCAUACUAUAGCUAUCAAUGGUCAAUGUUGGUAAUGGAGCUCGGGGAUCUGGGUGAUUUGAAAAAUUUCUACUAUACUGAUCGCUAUACGCCCAGGGUUUGUAUGAAAUUUAUCCAACAAAUACUAUGGGCUAUCGAUUAUCUACAUUUGGUUGCACAGGUAUGUCACAGGGAUAUCAAAGUCGAUAAUGUUGUCGUAUUUUCGAUCAGUGAUGGUGGUGGUGGUGGUGGUAGUCAACAACCAACAACAGCAACAGCAACAGCAACAGCAUCAGCAACACCGGCAGCACCAGCACCGGUACCCUAUAAGGUUAAACUAUGCGAUUUUGGUUACGCCGAAAUCAAAUCGAUGGCACCCUAUCGACAAAUGGCCGAUAGGGAAUGGUCAGAAUAUUUGUGUAACGAUAAACAUAGUACAGCUGUUAUGUUGAAGUCAAUGUUGCGUAGGGCUGACCCUCAGGGUCGGCACCUGACCGAUGAUGGACUAUCGUUUUUCCGACAAUAUGCCGAUCAGUUAGCCGACCAGCGGUUGCCGGUCGAUAUGGAGCUGUUGUACGCCCAGAAUCGUAUGUCUAUUAACCGGUAUUCAAGUGACGAUUAUCUGGUUAAGUAAUAGUACUGUAUUUACAGAGGGGAACAGGUGUUUGUGGUGAUAGGGUAGUGGUGAUGGUGUUGUUGUGUUGUUAUAUGUUAUGUAUAGUAAAGCACAGGUAACAACAUAUUGAAUAUAUAUAUAUAUAC